AAGAGGGCGUAACCGAAGCAGGAAGUAAGCACAAGGGUAUUCUCUGUGGAUGCCGAGCUCCUUUCUGUGCUAGCUUCGCACUCGGCUUGUGUUUGUGAGUUGGGGGGAUGGGGCCGCGCUGAGUAUGAGCCACUCUAAGUAUUUUGCAAAUAUAACAAUUUCCCAUCUCACAUACCCAUGUUUUUUACCGAACUACUUUUCCCACCACGUAUGACUUUUACUUGGAAUUCGCCGACGUGAAGUGGAGCAUUUUUACGGCCACGACAGGGGUUUAAAAGUCGACAAAAUGUAUCCCACUGGUGGAGCUCCAGAGAUGUUUGAGGGGCCACGUUCUUCUGGGUCAGCGAGCUCUGAGCCGCCCUCAUCCCCAGUGCCAGAAUAUGUGUUCAAGCCACCCUCAAGGCCAGACUUUGGCACCAUGGGCAGGACAAUCAAGCUCCAGGCCAAUUUCUUUGAGAUGGAAAUCCCCAAACUGGAAGUAUACCAUUAUGACAUUGACAUUAAGCCGGAGAAAUGUCCCAGGAGGGUCAACCGUGAAAUUGUGGAGCACAUGGUCCAGCACUUUAAAGCCCAGAUCUUUGGGGAUCGAAAGCCAGUGUAUGAUGGCAGGAAGAACCUGUACACGGCCAUGCCCUUGCCAAUAGGCAGAGACAAGGUGGAGCUUGAGGUGACCAUUCCAGGAGAGGGCAAAGACCGCAGCUUCAAAGUCUCCAUCAAGUGGGUGUCGUGCGUGAGCCUGCAAGCUCUGCAUGAGGCGCUGUCAGGGCGGCUACCCAGUGUCCCGUUUGAGACCAUCCAAGCUCUGGAUGUGGUCAUGAGACAUUUGCCCUCUAUGAGGUAUACUCCAGUGGGUCGUUCUUUCUUCACUCCCUCGGAGGGCUGUUCCAAUCCACUGGGUGGCGGUAGAGAGGUGUGGUUUGGCUUCCACCAAUCUGUCAGGCCUUCCCUUUGGAAAAUGAUGCUCAAUAUUGAUGUUUCGGCCACCGCGUUCUAUAAAGCUCAGCCUGUAAUUGAGUUCAUGUGUGAGGUCUUGGAUUUCAAAAGCAUUGAAGAACAACAGAAGCCCUUAACAGACUCUCAAAGAGUUAAAUUUACCAAAGAAAUUAAAGGCCUGAAAGUGGAGAUCACACAUUGUGGACAGAUGAAGAGGAAAUACAGAGUGUGCAAUGUGACCAGAAGACCAGCAAGCCAUCAAACCUUCCCCCUGCAGCAGGAGAGCGGCCAAACUAUUGAGUGCACCGUGGCGCAGUACUUCAAAGAUAAAUACAAACUCAUGCUGCGAUACCCCCACCUGCCGUGUCUGCAAGUGGGGCAGGAGCAAAAGCACACCUACCUGCCUCUAGAAGUGUGUAACAUAGUUGCAGGACAGCGCUGCAUCAAAAAACUGACAGACAAUCAAACCUCUACAAUGAUCCGUGCCACUGCUAGAUCAGCACCUGACCGUCAGGAUGAAAUUAGUAAACUGAUGAGAAGCGCCAACUUCAACACUGACCCAUACGUUCGCGAAUUCGGAGUGAUGGUGAGGGACGAGAUGACGGAAGUGAACGGCCGUGUCCUCCAAGCACCCUCCAUUCUGUAUGGAGGCAGGGUAUGUCCAUCAGCAGUUAACAAGGCGAUAGCCACGCCAAUCCAGGGCGUCUGGGACAUGAGGAACAAGCAGUUCCACACUGGCAUCGAAAUCAAAGUGUGGGCCAUCGCUUGCUUUGCACCGCAGAGACAGUGCACUGAACUCUUACUUAAAGCAUUCACAGAUCAGCUCAGGAAGAUCUCCCGGGAUGCAGGCAUGCCCAUUCAGGGUCAGCCCUGCUUCUGUAAGUACGCCCAGGGUGCCGAUAGCGUGGAGCCCAUGUUCAGACACCUCAAGUACACAUACCAGGGCCUCCAGCUGGUUGUCGUCAUCUUACCAGGAAAGACGCCCGUCUACGCCGAGGUAAAGCGUGUCGGAGACACAGUCCUUGGGAUGGCCACCCAGUGCGUGCAGGUGAAGAAUGUCCAGAAGACGACACCACAGACCCUCUCCAACCUCUGUCUGAAGAUCAAUGUCAAGCUGGGUGGUGUCAACAACAUCCUGCUUCCUCAGGGACGGCCGUUGGUGUUUCAGCAGCCUGUCAUCUUUCUUGGUGCCGAUGUAACUCAUCCUCCUGCGGGAGAUGGAAAAAAGCCCUCCAUUGCAGCUGUUGUCGGUAGCAUGGACGCCCACCCCAGCCGAUACUGCGCCACCGUUCGGGUCCAACAGCACAGACAGGAUAUCAUACAGGACUUGGCCACCAUGGUGAGAGAGCUGCUCAUCCAGUUCUACAAGUCGACCCGCUUCAAGCCGACCAGAAUCAUCUACUACCGGGAUGGCAUCUCCGAAGGACAGUUCAACCAGGUUCUUCAGCAUGAACUGCUUGCAAUCAGAGAGGCCUGCAUCAAGCUGGAGAAAGACUACCAGCCCGGCAUCACCUUUGUAGUAGUCCAGAAGAGACACCACACCAGGCUGUUUUGCACAGACCGAAACGAGAGGGUUGGAAAGAGUGGCAAUAUUCCCGCCGGCACCACAGUGGACACCAAAAUCACUCACCCAUCCGAAUUUGACUUCUACCUUUGCAGUCAUGCUGGCAUACAGGGUACCAGCAGGCCGUCUCACUACCACGUGCUCUGGGACGACAAUCACUUUUCUUCAGAUGAGCUGCAGGUGCUAACGUAUCAGCUGUGCCACACAUACGUGCGCUGCACCCGCUCCGUUUCCAUUCCGGCGCCCGCCUACUACGCCCAUUUGGUGGCUUUUCGCGCCCGCUAUCACUUGGUGGACAAAGAGCACGACAGUGCCGAGGGCAGUCACACAUCGGGUCAGAGCAACGGGCGUGACCAACAAGCCUUGGCCAAAGCCGUUCAGAUCCACCAGGACACCCUGCGCACAAUGUACUUCGCCUGAGGCCGCCGGGUUGGCGUGGGCCAAGGACGCCCUGCUGAGGAAACGCACUACCCCCUUUGCUGUCCGGCUGUCAGCUGUGUGCUUUUACUGUGUGAGCUCCCUAUCUAAAACACCUGGCAGGUACCCAAGACGAAUCCACUCUCUGUAAGUUGCAAAAACAAGCCCUCUACACCGGGUUUAUUUUUUUUAAAAUGUGUAUAUAUGUAUAUUUUUUUCCCCCUGUCGGAAAAUAUGAAAGUAUUGUUAUUCCACGCGGUGCUUUCUGAAUUAGGAGAAGCGGCACCUCACCCCCCGCACCCCCGUUUUUAUUUUUUUAAAAUCCUAUUUGAGGGCGUACUUUCGUUUGUUCCUCGGGUGUACAUUAUUGACCAGCCAAAUGCGCUGUCAAGAAUGGGUACUUUAAUCAAGUUGAAAGUACUCGCGACGUUCACAUCGAGCACUCUGAAAAUGAUGAAAGUGCCAUUCUGAGACCGCAUUUGAUCAUUUAUGUUUAGCCACAUUUUUUUUUAAUUCAGUAUUCGUCCCGGAUGACAUGAUACGCCAAAAUGUGGGACAGUUAACCCCUCUUGAAUCUUGACAUGAACUCUUGAACUAACACUUCCAGGGCUCUAAAUAUUUUCAUAGAUACAACGUAGUUGUCUGUUUUGAUGAGUUUGUACUUGCAUCCCAAUGGCCGUGCUGAAAUCUCUUAUUGGGACCGGUUCCCAGAAAACAUACAUUUUUUUUUUAAUGUACUCUUGAGCCGUGUUUAUAAGACACACGAUGUACAAAUCAAUAUAGGGAGCUGAAACACUUUUUUUCCACUCCCAUGUCUUUUUCUAGAAUGUUUUUAAUUUCAAACUUUUUAAUGAAUAUGCAUGUAGCCAGCUCCUAUUAUAAAAACGUAGACGCUUCUCCCCCCAGUACUCUAUUUUGGUUGUAUAAGUAUCCAGUAUAUAUACAGUGUAUAUGUGUGGAAGCUGCAGCGUCGUUGUCAGAGGAGGGCGUUGAUGUGGCUUUUCCAUAGCGAUGCGUUCGGUACAGUGGUCUGAAAGCUUUGAGAGCAAAUUCCUUCAAAAACAACUGCAAGUAUUUCCUCCUGGAAGCGAAAGGAGUUGUCGCACACACAAGCAUUGUUUUUAUGCAAAUGACUUUCUCUGAGUCUUUUUAUGAUGUUGAAAAUGAGCUAUAUUUUGAAUGAAUCUUCAGUGGAGACUGCCGAAACAGAUGUUUUUUUUUUUUUGAAUGAAAAAAUAAAACUUUUUUUAAAA